GCAGAGAGCAACGCUUGACAGGGAAAUCAGGAGCUAUGAAGCGGCUGGCAGAAAAUAUUAAGGUGCUUUACAUCGCCAGUGACUGUAUGGAGCCUUAUGUUGAGAUCAUCACAGUGAAAGAGUCCAAACGCUGCCAGAGUCUGUGCAGCUCAGACGCCUCCGAGGUAGAAGAGCCCGAGUACCUGCUGGAAGUUGAUGAUGAUCUUCCUGUCCUCACUGACCAGAGUCAUCUGCUAGAUGACUAUCACCUAGAAAAACUUGCUGUUCACAUGCCAGCAAGGACCCAGGGUUAUCAAUGGCAGCUGGUCUACAGCACAGCCGUCCAUGGGAGCAGCCUGAAGACUCUGUACAGGAACAUGGCUGAGGUGGACAGCCCUGUGCUGCUGGUGGUCAAAGACAUGCACAAAAAGGUGUUUGGGGCUUUUUCUUCAGAUCCAUUCAGAGUCAGUAAAUACUGCUACGGUACUGGAGAAACCUUCUUGUUCAGCUUCAAUCCCGACUUCCAGGUAUACAAGUGGAGUGGGGUGAACUCGUACUUUGUGAGUGGAAACUGGGAUUCAUUGCAGCUCGGUGGAGGAGGGAGUGGCUUUGCCCUGUGGCUGGAUGCUGAUCUGUACCGUGGUUCAAGCUUUUCCAGUCCAACUUUUCACAAUGCACCUCUCUCCACAAAUGAGGACUUUAUUGUACAAGACCUGGAGGUCUGGACUGUGCAGAAUUGACUGUGAACAUCUAAAAAGCCGAGCUAAAAACAAAGCAGGACCUGUUGUUCUGUGUGGAGCUCCCAGACUUCAAGGCGUGUAGGUCGUUUAGCCACUACUGUACGUAUCCUGAUGGAGCGUCUGCUGUCGUCUGUGCACAUGGUUCAGAGUUCCUCUUGUACAGUAUGAAGCCUGCUGACGGGGAAGCCACUGUAAUGGGAUUCAAGAAAGAGUCUGUUUUUAUUUUGUGCCGUUUAGUCACUCAGAUGUGCAGAUGGAGCAUUUGCGGAUUUUAAAAAACAGCAUUGAAUGAUAAGUCUACAGCUACUGUAAUGAUAUUCAGGGUUCAAGAAAACGUUUAUUUUUAUUUUAUUUUUGUAUCAAUGCAUAUUUAUAAAAUAAUGUGUUUUUUUACAGUUUGCAUCUUUGGUUAAGUGAGUGUGUAUUAACAAUAACUGGUUAAUUAUAUUAACCAGUUAUUGUUAAAAUCGGUAUAACACUGUUAGGACAAACAAUUUUAACUGGUUUUAAUGUUUCCCAGUCAAAUCUGUGGCUGCUAGUAAGGACCAAACUAGUAAAGUUGAACAACAUUGCACUACAACAGCUGCUGGAUAAGCUGGAUGUGCUGCUUGGGGAAGAAGUCAACUGAAGUGUAAAAUGAAAAAUUCUUUUUUUUUUAAAUUAAGCACCAGCUUGUCUAUUUGGAGAGAAAAGUACUUAUGAAAACAUCAAAUACACGCACAUGCCCAGUUGUUUAUUUUUUGUCUUUUUAAAUACACUGUUCAGGAAAUGGUUAAAGUUUUUCUAUGACUGUCAGGCAGUGCUGGCACUACCACUGUUUUUUGUGAA